AUGAAAUUCACAUUCGCACAGAGACAGAUCAAGAUUUCUGUUCUCGAAGCAUUUCGGAGUUCUUUUCGUUUUGAAUUUACAAAUCUAUUUUCAGCAGCAAGCUACAUCACGGAGGAAAAACCUAAAUGCAAGAUAUAUAAACAAAAUGGCUACUUACAGCUAACGACCGGUCAAGUGAAGAAACAACCAGAGGCGACUGCUUCACGUGUAGUUAUCAUGCUGCUGCAUAUAAAUCUUUUCACAAAAUUUUGGAAGAUAGUAUCAUCAUUUUCUGUUUUGACACAUCAAUUUUCAAUGCUAUCCUGCCACAACUUCCGUUUAUGUCUUCAAAAGCUUACGUCAGUACUCAAUAUUCAUUCCGUUUUCGUAUUUACUUUUUCACGUAAUACACCUUUCUCUACUUCUGUGCCACCACCCUAUUUACUUUUUUUAUUACAACCCGUAUUUGUGUGUGCCUUAGGGUGUUGA